CUACAUCAGAUCGAUCAGAACAGAAAUUGCUGCAAACCCAUCCGUUUCCAAAACAAGAUGAGAACAGGCUGAGAAUCAAUCAUGAAGGAAUUGAAGCCAUCAUUUGUUGGGUGCCUUCUUAUGCUUCUUCUGCUUUUACCACAUGAAUCUCACUCUGAUUUUGCAUCUGUAAUCCAACUGAAUUGUAGAAACAAACUGGAACAUAAUACCACCAGUUAUGUCCCAAGGUUAGUCGGUGUGUUUGAAAGCAUUUCUAAGCAAAUAAGAAAUCAGGGGUGGGGACUUUUUGCAAAUGGCAAAGAACCGGAUGUUGUGUAUGGAUUAGUGCAAUGCUAUGGAUAUCUUUCCUUACAGGAUUGUGUAUUGUGUUAUGCUGAAGCUCGCACAGUACUACCUCAGUGCUUUCCUUUCAAUGGGGGAAGGCUUUAUCUUGAGGGUUGUUUCAUGCGAGUCGAAAAUUACCCCUUCUUUCAAGAGGUAUUAGGACCAGAAGACAGGCAUGUUUGUGGAAACAGCACUAGAAACGAUUCUGUGUUUGGAGAGACAGUUAGGAGGGCAGUGGUGCAAGCGGUUUCAAAUGCGUCUACAAAUACUGAUUAUGCAAAGGUUGAGUUGCCUGUUUCUGGGAGGAACGAUGAGACUGUUUAUGUUUUAGGUAAUUGUUGGAAGACUCACGAUAAUUGCAGAGAAUGUUUGGAGAAUGCAUCUAGGUCUUUGCUGCAAUGCUUGCCUUCGUCUGAGGGUCGUGCGUUGUACACUGGAUGCUUCAUGAGGUACUCGGACACCAACUUUUUUGAUCCUAUUAUCACUAAUGGAGGCUUAUUGAGAGGGAAAGUAAUAAUCAUUGUAGUUGCAGUUGUAUGUUCUGUCAUAGUUUGGACUGUAAUUUGUCUUUAUAUCAAGCGCAAAAGAAUAGACAAGAGAAAAGAUCCAAAUGAUGCCCAAAAAUUAGCAAAGAUCCUUUGUGAUAGCAGCUUAAACUUCAAGUAUUCCAUACUUGAGAAAGCCACCGGGUCUUUUGAUGAAGCCAACAAGCUCGGGCAAGGUGGAUUUGGUUCAGUUUACAAGGGUGUUCUACCAAAUGGUAGAGAGGUUGCCGUCAAAAAACUGUUGUUCAAAAGCACAAAACGAGCAGAAGAUUUCUACAAUGAAGUCAACAUUAUUAGUAGUAUUGAACACAAAAAUCUUGUCAAGUUGUUGGGGUGCAGCUUCUCUGGUCCCGAAAGCCUUCUUGUAUAUGAGUUGCAUCCAAAUAAGAGUCUUGACCAAUUCAUUUUUGAUCCUGAAAAGGGUAAAAUACUAAGCUGGAAUACGAGAUUCAACAUCAUCACAGGAAUUGCAGAAGGCUUGAUCUACCUCCACGGGAACUCAAGGAAACGCAUUAUUCACAGAGAUAUAAAAGCCAGCAAUAUCCUAUUAGACUCGAGGCUCCAUGCCAAGAUAGCUGAUUUCGGAUUAGCUAGAUCUUUUCAAGCGGACAAGAGCCAUAUAAGCACUGCUAUUGCCGGAACAUUGGGGUAUAUGGCUCCGGAGUAUGUGGCUCGUGGACAGCUGACAGAGAAGGCAGAUGUUUACAGCUUCGGAGUACUAUUGCUGGAAAUUGUGGCCGGAAGACAGAAUAACAAGUGCACAACUCCUGAAUACUCUGCCAACUUAGUUAACAUAGUUUGGAUGCAUUUUCAGGAGGGGGCAGUGGAGGAACUGUUUGAUCCAAAUUUGAUGCUGCAAAACUGUGGGAGUAGCGUUAGAAGUGAGGCGUCGAGGGCGGUUCAUGUAGGGCUGUUAUGUACCCAAGAAAUUCCAUCGCGGAGGCCAUACAUGUCCAAGGCAUUAGAGAUGUUGAUGAAAAAGGAGGAACAUUUACCUACACCAACUAAACCGGCCUUCACAUAUGAGAAAUCUAUAGAAGUUUGUGAGGCUGCUACAAAUGCUACCAUUUCCCAGAGCUCUUUCUACCCCAGAUGACGUUUUACUGGCAUGAAAUUGACUGAUCUUGUAUUACUUUCAGGAGUUGACAGAAAAUGCUUUAUUACAUGAAGUGCGUUUACAUUUUUGUAUCGAAAAUGUCUGCAAAUGAUUCUUUGGA